UGAAAAUAUUUUGUUAUAAAUUGGUCUUUUUAUAUUGUAAGACGCAAUCUGACAUCUUAGCCUGAUGCCUUUGACAGGGUUAAAAGGAUUAGAUCUUCAAACUGGUUUUUUUACAUAUAGACAAAUAAAAGCUGCUACCAAUAACUUCAAUGCUGCAAACAAGAUUGGGGAAGGUGGUUUUGGAUCCGUUUACAAGGGCAUACUAUCUGAUGGUAUUGUAACUGCGGUUAAGCAACUUUCAUCAAAAUCAAAGCAAGGAAGCCGUGAAUUUGUGAACAAAAUAGGCAUGAUAUCUGUUUUACAACAUCCAAAUCUUGUUAGAUUGUAUGGAUAUUGUACUGAAGGAAAACAAUUAUUGUUGGUAUAUGAGUACAUGGAAAACAAUAGCCUUGCACAUGCUUUGUUUAAUAAUGGUUCUGCAAAUGGUCGAUUAAAGUUGGACUGGUCUGCAAGGCAGAAAAUAUGUGUUGGCAUAGCAAGAGGUCUGGUUUUCUUGCACGAGGAAUCAACACUGAAAAUUGUUCAUAGAGACAUCAAAACCACUAAUGUGUUGCUUGACCAAGACCUAAACCCUAAGAUCUCCGACUUUGGUUUGGCCAAGCUAGACGAAGAAGAGAACACACACAUUAGCACAAGAAUUGCUGGAACAAUAGGUUACAUGGCUCCUGAAUAUGCAUUAUGGGGUUAUUUAACCUACAAAGCGGAUGUUUAUAGUUUUGGAGUUGUUGCAUUGAAAAUUGUUGCUGGGAAGAACAACAUGAAAUAUCGACCAAAUGAGAAAUUUGUAUGCCUCUUGGAUUGGGCAACCGUUUUACAAAAGAAAGGGGAUUUGAUGGAGUUGGCAGAUCCAAAAUUGGGGUCUGAGUUCAGUAAGGAAGAGACCCUUAGAAUGAUAAAAGUAGCUUUAUUAUGCACUAAUCCAUCACCAGCCCUUAGGCCCACCAUGACUGUCGUAGUGAGUAUGCUUGAAGGCAAGACAGUUGUUGAUGAAAUGGCCAGGGAUCCAGGUAUUUAUGGCGAUGAAUGGAGGUUUGAAGCCUUAAGAGACCAAUUUGGUCAGAGCCCACAACUAAACUCUGUUGAAGGUCAGAGCCUCGUUCAGUCAGCAAAUCCAACAUGGAUUGGCUCUUCUUCUACAUCUGCCCAUGAUCUCUAUUCCACUAAUCUUGACUCUCGGUAA